CUUUUCCAAGAAUAGACAACCACCGUCUUCCCUCCAUUUGCUUUCUUCUAUCUCUCGGACUCUAAUAAUAACAGCCAGACAAAAUGAGGGCCAAACGUUCAAAGAGAUAUCGCAAGCUCAUGCACCAGUAUGACCUCACAUUCGGCUUUCGCGAACCAUAUCAGGUUCUAGUCGACUCAAAUUUACUGCAUGCAGUACAUUCCUUCAAAAUGGACCUCAUCCCUGCCCUGGAGCGUACGCUCCAAGGAAAAGUAAAGCCGCUAUUGACAAAAUGUUCACUGGCGGCAAUAAUGGCCUCUCAACCCAUCAAUCCGAAAACAAACAACCCAUUCCGACCCCGCCACCUUCCUCCCCCGACAACAGUGCCCCUACGCCACUGUUCGCAUAACGAGGAUUCGACCCCCAUCGACGAAGCGAGCUGUCUUUUAUCUCUCCUAUCCCCGAACCCAGAAGUGAAGAAGAACAAAGAACACUACAUCCUCGCCACGGCCGACCCCCCCGCGCCUGCGAAGACAAACACAAAUGAUAGCAGCGGCAACAAGAAGCGCAAGCGCUCGGAAGCAGAGAUUCAGGCAGAGGAGGCGUUGCGUCGUGCGCAGCUUAUCCGGCGCGGCGCGAGGUCUAUCCCCGGCGUGCCGAUUGUGUAUGUGAAGCGGUCUGUGAUGGUGUUGGAGCCUAUGAGUGCACCGUCAGAGAAUGUGAGGGAGGGUGUUGAAAAAGGGAAGUUCAGGGCUGGGUUGGACGAGCAGUCCGCGCUAGGGAAGAGGAAGAGAGGAGGAGAGGAUGAGGAGGAAGGAAAGAAGAAGCGGAAGGGGUUGAAGAAGGCUAAGGGACCGAAUCCGUUGAGUGUGAAGAAGCCCAAGAAGAGGGAUGGGCCGUCUGGGCCUGCGAAAACCUCCUCCGUGAAGGAACAGGAACACUGGGAGAGACAUGACGGUGGAGAGAUGAAUGUUGAUACGCAAGGGGUUGAGGUUACUGGAGGGGAGAAUGGGGAUUCGGCUUCGGCGGCCGUCAAGCCUAAAAGGAAGAGACGCCAUCACAAGAGUGCCAGGCGAGAAGGGGAUGCUGCUGCUGCUGAUGGAGAGGCGGGUGUCGCGGAUGCAGAAUGAUUCGCGUCUAAUUGGCGUUUCCCUUGUCUUGUUUCUUUCUACUGAUACGCAUAUCUGUAUGGCGUUGGUUGGGAGCUUCUCAAAAGUCUGGUUUAUCAUUGCUACAGCAUGAGUUCCUAAGUGCAGAAGUAGACUUUUCAGUAAGCGUGCAGUCAUAUAUGCUUCUACGGUACUAGGAGGCUAG